AUGGUGCCCCUCGGCAAGGAGCGCGCUCCGGCGCCGUCCACGACGUCGUCCGCGCAGCACUCGCGUAGGCGCGCCGGCGUCAUCCGGCAGGCGCAGCCGGAGGCGCCUGGGCAUCAGCUCGCCGCCUCGCACGCUGCUUCAGAGAAGCGCAAGGCCAACAAGAUGACGCCGAUGGAGCGCAGGGCGAAGCGCGCGGCCGACGAAAAGCGGCGCUGGCACGAGAAGCGCAAGGCGACGCGCGAGUCCGCCGCCAAGUUCAGCAUGGCGAGCGAGGACCCCGAGAAGGUGAUUGCAUCGCUGCUCGAUGAGCUCGUGGCCGAGGUGGCGGAAGUUCGCGACGAGGUGGACGAGGGUGAGCUUCAGGAGGAACUGGAGAAGCUGGUGAUUGCGCGUAGCGGCUCGCCGUUGCUCGAGGACACGGGCACAUGCGAGGCCGCCGAGCUCGAGCUGCGCGCAGACGGCUACGGCGCGGCGCGCGGCGACGACGAGCCGAGCUCAAAAAGAGGACGGGACAGCCUCUGCACCCUCGCGGCGACGCGCUGGCACGAGCUUGACGGCUACCACUUUGAGCGGUACCGCCAGGAGUUUGGAAAGAUGUACGCGACGGCUGAAGAGGCGGCAGCGCGUGAGGCCGCCUUCAACAAGAAGCUCAAGGAGGUUCGCUCGCACAACGCUGCCGGCCAUUCGUGGAAGCGCGGCGUCAACCACCUCACCGACCGCACGCCUGAGGAGCUCUCCGUGCUGCACGGCCUCGACCGCGCUCUCCUCUUUUCGCAGAAGCACGCUCUCAGCACCGCCAAGCCGGCGCGCCCCUUUACCAAGGCCGACGAGGUCCCGAGCGGCGUCGACUGGCGGCGGCAGGGCGCGGUGACGCCCGUCAAGAACCAGGGCCACUGCGGCUCGUGCUGGACGUUCGCCUCGGCCGAGACGGUCGAGUCGCGCUGGUUUCUCAAGACGGGGGAGCUGCAGGACCUCUCCGAGCAGUUCAUUCUCGACUGCACGCCCAACCCGCACGCCUGCGGCGGCACGGGCGGCUGCGGCGGCGGCACGGCGGCGCUCGCAUACGAGCGCCUCAAAGCGCUCGGCGGCCUGCCCUCGGAAUGGGUUUAUCCCUACCUGGCCGGCCAGACUAGCGGCGGAGACACAAAGUGCCACGGGCUGCCGCUCGGCGGGCUCGAGCAGCCGCACGGCGGCGCGGUGGCCAAGGCGGCCAACGUGUCGGGCCACGUCUCGCUCGAGCCAAACUCGUACGACGCGGUCAUGCACGCGCUCACGGCGGGGCCUCUCGCGGUGUCGGUCGACGCGGGCGGCUGGCACGACUACGAGGAGGGCGUCUUCGGCGGCGGCAACCACAGCCACCCCAGGCUCGACCACCUGGUGCAGCUGGUGGGCUACGGCACGACGCCAGCGGGCGCAGACUACUUUCUGGUCCGCAACUCUUGGACGCCGCGGUGGGGCGAGGGCGGGUACAUGAAGGUCGCGCGGUCGAGGGACGCGCCGUGCGGCGUCGACCUGCACCCGAUGGACGGCGACGGCUGCAAGGGCGGGCCGGCGACGGUCAAGGUCUGCGGCCAGAGCGGCAUCCUGUACGAUGGCGUGUACCCGCUCGUGUAGAUCGAGAGCGAGAGCGUAUCCGUAUGAUCGGUACGAAUGUAUUGAGUGUUGAGUCGGGUUGUGUUUGACCCGACUCCCGUUGUCGGACUCGCCGGUGGGGCUCGGAGCUGAACAGCUGUCGAGGCGCCCGCGAGCGCCGCACAUAUGCGUCGAGUUCGAGGCAGGCUGCCUAUGUAUGUUUGUCUCGUGUAUGUGUCCCAGUGUCCGUGUGUGAGAAACCCGAGACAGAGAAGAAAA